AUCCAUCUGAAUCAAAAAAAGACACCAACUUUAAAUACUUGAAACUUAUAUGUUCACUGGAGUCUCGUUCUGUCAUGUCCUGUUCUGUCACCUACAGCUAACCACAAAGUCUAGCUCUUUCAUUCUCUGUGUUUUUUCCUUCUUCUUCUUCUUCUCUUCCAAGUGUUUGAUAGAAAUUCAGGCCAUGGGAAGAGCCCCUUGUUGCGACAAAACCAAAGUGAAAAGAGGACCUUGGUCUCCUGAAGAAGACGCCGCCCUCAAGCACUACAUGCACAACAAUGGAACUGGGGGUAAUUGGAUUGCUCUACCUCACAAAGCAGGUCUUAACCGGUGCGGCAAAAGUUGUCGUUUGAGAUGGCUGAAUUAUCUCAGACCAGAUAUCAAGCACGGGGGUUUUACCGAGGAAGAAGACAAUGUUAUUUGGACCCUUUACAGUAACAUCGGAAGUAGGUGGUCUGUCAUAGCAUCCCAACUACCUGGAAGAACAGACAACGAUGUGAAAAACCACUGGAACACCAAGUUGAAGAAAAAACUAUUGGCAAGAAGCACCAAUAGCAAUGAGACUACUAACACUACCGAUCACCUCAACUUGGCUCGGUUCUCACCAUUGAUUCCGAAAACUGAGAAUUCUGAUCAAGGGAACUCAGCUUAUUGUUAUACUAAUUCAGAUACAUUACCAUAUCUGAUGAAUGGGAACUGUGUGCAAAACUUUGAUCUCAAGAAGCCAAGUAAACCUUCUUACUCAUCAAACCCUGUUCAAGUUUCUGAUUUUGGAACAAAUGGGAACACCAGUUCUAGCAUUUCAUCAACUAGAGAAGCUUCGAGUCUUUCAACUUCAUCAUCUACUUUGGCUAUGGAGAACUAUACUAAUUUUGCUUCAUGGUCUGGCACUGGCAUUGAAAGUAUUGAAGAUGGGAUUCUUGUGGACUUGGGAUUUGACUCUUCUAAUGAUGUUUUCCUGAGUGGCUUUGGAUUUUAGGUAAAUUCAUAUUGAGUAACUUUUGUAUCUAGUCUACCUCUCUAUUACUUAACAGACUAACAGUUUACUAGCUCCAAACUGAAGGCUUAAUUCAGAAAUAUGGAAAUAAUAAGUGUCAAGAGAAAAGAUUGAAACAGAA